AUGGCGGCCGAUCUGGCUGCCGAUCUGGACAAGCUCCUCGCCGCGCUCGGCGGCGCGUGGCUCGUGCUCACACUCCUACGCCGCGCCACCGCGUCGCGUGAGGCCGCCGCUGUGGCCGACGGCUCGGCUGCCCCCUCCGACACGGCUGAAGCUCUCCGCCGGCUGCAGUGGCAGUACCUGCCGGCUUGGCUCCUCUUCAAGGCGGCCGACUGGAUGCAGGGCCCGUACUUCCACGAGGUGUACGCCUCGAAGCGGCACGUGGCGACCGGCGAGCCCUUCUCCGAUACCGACGUGUCGCGCCUAUUUCUCGCCGGGUUCGUCGCCGCCACCCUUGUCGGCACCGCCGCGGGCUCCCUCGUCGACUCUCGCGGCCGCAGGGCGGGGUGUGUGCUGUACGCGGCCGCCGCAGGCGCCGCCGCGGCGUCGGUGGCCUGGCUGUGCGCCGAGCACGCGAGGCUGUCGCUCCCCGCCGCCUCCCUCGGCGGCAUCUUUGGCUGGGCCUACUUCGGCGACUCGCUCGUCGCCAUCGCCUCUGGACAAGCGCCCUUCCUCGCCUCGCUCCCCCUCCUCGCCGCCGGCGCCGCCAUCGCGUCCGCCACGUGGCGCGAGAACCGCGGCGGCAAGGGCGGCGGCGGCGGCGGCGGCGGCCUGCGCGAGGGCGCUUCCAUCCUGUUGCGGCGGCCGGACCUGCUCUCGCUGAUGGCGGUGCAGGUGCUGUUCGAGGCGUCCAUGUACAUCUUCGUCCUCGUCUUUGCCCCCGCCAUCGUCGCCGCCGCCCCCGCCGCUGCGCGGGAAGGACUCCCCUUUGGAAAGGUCUUCUCUUGCUUCAUGGCCGCGUGCGCCGUCGGCUCGGCGACCUUCUCGCUCUGCUCCGCAAAGGGGCUGCGGGCUGAGGCCUUCCUGCUGCCCGUGCUUCUCGGAGCGGCGGGAGCCCUCUACCUCGCCUCCUCCCCCCCCGCGGCGACCAUGCUGCAGCGCGCGCUCAGCAUGUCGCACAAGCCGCUCUACCUGGCGGCGGUGGGCGUCUACUUCCCUGCCGUCGGCGGACUGCGCGCCGCGUACUUGCCCGGGGCGCAGCGCGGAGCCAUCAUGGCAUUGACCCGCGUCCCGCUCAACCUGCUCGUCAUCGCGGUCGCCCUCGCACGCGACCGGCUCGGCGACACGGGCGCGCUCCGUUGCGCGGCGGCGGCGCAGCUGCUCGCCGCCGCCGCCCUCGCAUCUCUCUGGGCGCGGGGCGGCGCGGCGGGCAAGGGCGAGGCCCCGGCGGCCAAGGACAAGGGGCUGGCGGCCAGCCCCGCGAUGUCGACGCUAUCGAGGGCCAAGAAGGCGGACUGA